CUUUAAACUGGGCAUCAUCGAUAAAUUAUCUCAUAUGUAUCAGUAUUAGUUUUAGCGUGGUCUUUAACAAUUUGUAAAAAAAGAAUUUGGACAUUUUUAGAACAUAUUAUUCGCUAAAAAAUUUUUUUUUAAUUAUAGCAGUGUUUAGUGAGUGGGUAAUAAACAAAAUAAAAUUAUCAUGAAGGCGAUAUUGGCUAGCACUAUACUUGUACUAAGUUUAGUGCUAAAUGUUUCUGGAAAGGAUAACUUGCCAAAUUCAUUGGACGAAUUAAGCAAAUCUUUACCAUCAGAUGUGGCAAAUCAGAUAAACACGGCUGAUUUGCCAAAACAAGAGGAAGCUAAAAAGCUUUUCAAAGAAAAAUGUCGCAAGAAUAGCGGGGGUGACGAAGCUUUUGAAAAAGCAUCGACCGCCACUGAAGAUUUGAAGGCAUGCAUUCUUAGUCAAAUUAAUGUUGAAAUUUUUAAAAAAGAAGUCGAAGAUGCUAAACCUACCGGUGACCUCGAUCUGGUUUUCAAAAAAUACUGCAGAAAAUCUCCAGACAUAAAGCAAUGCGUGUUUAACUUCACAGCUACAUUAGAACCUUGUUUGGAACCCAAAGAACGUGAAAAUAAAAGGGUACUCGAAACAGUAGCUAGUAGUUUAGCUGAUUUUAUAUGCUUUAAAGAGGGUGACAGGAUAGCACUUUUUAUUGCUGAGGGAGGUCCAGAAUGUCUUCAAUCUAAACAAGAAAUGAUCAAGAGCUGUUUCAAUUCAACAAUGGGAAAAUAUGCCCCAACCGAGACACCAACAAUAGAAAAUUUACCUAAAUUGUUAUUAGAUGCCGAACAAUGCCAAGAUAUCCAAAAUUUACAACAAUGUAUUGUGACUGAGCUUGAAAAGUGCGAAGAACCUACUCCUGCAAAUAUAGUAGAUUCUCUGUUCAGAUUUGUCCGUAAACAAACGCCUUGCGCUUCAAAACCUUUGACUGCGCGUUCGGUGGACGAUAGAAUUGAAGACAGUCAUAAUGAUGCUAGAAAAACUGUUGUACACAGUUUGGUCAUGAUCAUAGGUUUAUUCUUAAUUUUACAGUAGACCGAUUCAUAGCUUAAUAUUUAAAUUAAUUUCAUAAGUUCUGUUGUACAUAAAUAUACUAUAGACCUGUAUUUUUUGCAUACUCUUUAAAGUUAUUAUUUAUAUGGUUUAAACAGAAAAUAGCUCACUUGGUUAAUAAUUAGUUCUAUAUUUUAUAUCUUUAUAAAUGGACAUUAUGUAUUUUGUUAUUUGAUGUAAAUAA